AUGUGGUUGUGGGUGGGUGAUAUUUGGGGGUUGUGGGGGGAGGGGGUGUGGGGGGGUGUUUGGGUGGUUGGGGUUUGGGUGGGUUUUUGGUUGUGUGGUUUGGUUGGGUUGGGUGGGGGGGUGUGGUUGGUGUGGGUAUUGGGGGUUGUGGUUGGGGGGUGGGUGUGUGUGGGGUGGGGUGUGUAUAUGGGUUUGGGUGUAGGUGGUUUUUUGAUGGUUUGGGGGGGGUGGGGGUGGUUUGUGGGGUUGGAAUUUGGAAUGGGGAGGGAAUGGGAUAUGGGGGGGUUUUUUAGUGAUUUUGUGGUAUGGGUUGUGGAGUGUUAUGAUAUUAUUGUAUUUGGGGGGUUGUUGUGGGGUGGGGGGGGUUAUAUUGGGGGUGGUUGGGUGGUGGGUUGGGGUGGGUGUUUUAGUUUGGGGGUUGUUGUGGGUUUUUUGGUUGGGGGGGGGGGGUGUUGUGUUUAG